AGCCCAUCUCUAUUUUUGCACAACUCGUAUUGUUUUUGUGCUGAAACUAACUUUAUAUAGUUAGAGGUGGAUGUCGGAGGCCUAGACAUGAGCGAUAGCGACGACGCGAUAUGGCUAGAAAUCGGUAUUAAUCCUCAACAUGUUGUCUGUGAAUCAGACGAGGGCCUCUACAAAUUGAUAUGCGAUAAGGCCUGGCUACAAGCACUUGAACGUCAUCGCAAACUUACUCAAUUCACAGCCUGGCCCCAGCUGGAUAGACGCGCACAUCCCACAGGGCAACUGGAGCAUCCUUGGACGCGCAUAUUGGUGCAAACGUAUCGCAAGCAAUCGCAGCGCAAAGUCCACCCCUUGCCAGCAAAAGGAGCGAACAGUAAUAAUAUACAUUUUCCACUAAGUUACUCACAGGCUGUAUCCAAUGUGGCGAGUCUCAACUUCAAGCAGCUUUGGGAGGCGGCCUACAAGCAAUAUGCGGGCGCCCAUGUCAAACAGUGUAGGUCGAAUGCUGGCACCCAGUCCAAGCAGAUGUCAGCAAACGGAUGCGGAUUUCAGCCACAUGAUGUGGUGCUUCGGGAGCUCAUACAACGUAUCUACAAUUGCCCCGUGAUUCCAUGUCAACAGGAGGGAGAUGGAGUCUCUAACAGUGAUGUAAGCUUAGCCGGUGAUUGUCAUGCCAAUGUGCUGCCCGCUGUGGUGGCCAUCGAGACUAACACGCAUUUCUGCAUCCUGCACUAUCCGCCAGCGCUGGAGUGCAGUCUAUAUGACUGCAUCAGCUACAGUCCCGCCUUGUUGGGCCGAGGCUACAAUAAGACACUAUUCAUCAUCUAUCAGCUGUUACAGCUGUCGAGGCAUUUGCAGGCCCAAGGGCUGUUCCUUGGCGAUCUGCGACUGCAGCACGUGAUGCUGCGCGAGAAUCUCUGGCUGCAGGUGCUGCCACGCCUGCAGUGCAAUUUGCUGGUGGGCGAGCAGUCGGCAGCGGUGGACAUGUCACCGCUGAGCUGCCCAGAAUUGCCCGGCUCACCGGAACAGCUGCCAUCCAGCAGCACCAUCGAUCUCAAGCUGGCCUACGAUCCAGCUCAAUUUAAUCUACGCGAAUACUGCGAAAUGUGGUGCAACGGACAACUAUCCAAUUUCGAUUAUCUCACCAUACUGAACAAUGCCUGCGGCAGAAGCCUCACGAAUGCUGCCCAUCACCACAUUAUGCCUUGGGUCACGGAUUUUGCGGCCCGCAACGGCCUCAACUGGCGUGAUCUGACCAAAAGCAAAUAUCGCCUCAACAAAGGCGAUGUCCAUCUGGAUCUCAUGUAUACGCAUGGCAGUCAGCACGCGACUGCCGAAGCUGUGACACCUGUGGAGCAGCUGCAGGUGGCACAUCAUGUCUCCGAUUUCCUCUCGGAGAUUACCUACUUUGUAUAUAUGGCACGCCGCACGCCUCAGUCCAUACUCUGCGCCCAUGUGCGACCUAUUUGGGUGCCCGCCGAGUAUCCGGUGUCCAUACAGCGCCUACAAGAAUGGACGCCCGAUGAAUGCAUACCAGAGUUCUACUCAGAUCCAAUGAUAUUUAAGAGCAUACACGAAGACUUGCCAGAUCUGGAGCUGCCUGCAUGGGCUACUUGUCCGGAGGACUUCAUAUGUAAGCAUCGCGAAGCGCUGGAGUCACAGUAUGUUAGCGAGCGACUGCAUCAUUGGAUUGACUUAAACUUUGGCUACAAACUCAGCGGCAAGGCGGCCAUCAAGUCCAAAAAUGUCUGCCUUAGCCUCGUGGAUCAGCAUUGCAAUCUCAGUCAGCGCGGCAUCGUGCAGCUAUUCACGCAGGCUCAUCCGCCGCGUCGCUAUGUGUCGGCCUGGUUCAACAAGACGGCGCCCCGAAUGACCCAGCUGUAUGGCAACAACAUUAGCCACACCAACAGGCGGCUGGCCAGAAGCACCGAGAAUCUGCACGCAUCCUCCAACAGCAAGAGCAACAGUUCCGUUGAGAACAGCUCACCACGAAUGUCACUGCGUCCGAGUGAUGAGUCAUCGGGCUCGAGCGCCAGCUUCUAUAAUAUGACCAACUUUAUUGAGCUGCCGGAACAAUAUAAUCCAGCACUUUUGCUGCAGCAAUUGGAAACGCUAGAGACCUUCUAUGCGCGCACCUUCCCGCAGCAGCGUGCUUCAGCUAAUCCCGAGGAGAAAAUGAUAAGCAGCGACCUGCUCUUCGAGCACAAUUCGGCCGAGCAUUCGUUCACAAAUCAACUGUUCGCAUUUGAUGGCGCAAUUCAGACCAAUUCCAAGAAUUUGCUGGUGCCACCAGCGCGACGCCUGCAAAGUCUGCAGCAACUUUUGAGCGAUUGCCGGUUGCGAGAGCUACAAGUGCUGGGCUGCCUCAUUGUGGAGCUGUUUGCCAUGCAGCGCUUGCGACCGCUGCUGACCAGCAACGGACCAAGUGCGAGCUUCGAAUGCCGCCUGACUGCCUGCCGCACGCUAACCCAGAUACACAGCCAGGAGCUGCCUAUGCCGGUGCGUCAGGUAGUGCGGCAGCUGCUGCAGCUGGAAGAAGACCCUGGUCGGGGUCUGCCCGUGCCGACGAGUGCGGCCCAGUUGCUGGAGCCGAUGUUCAGCCAAGCGUUGCUGCCCUUUCCCAGUCACUAUAUUGCGAUCUAUGCCUUUGUGCGCUCCCUGCACGCCUUUCAGCUCAACUUCGAGCUGCUCGACCUGCACACACACCUCAACUGCAGCGGCGGCAGUGAGUGCGCACGCUUCACAGAGCUGGAUCGGCAGCGUGUGCUUUUCGAGCGUAAGAUAGCCGAGUGCAAGGUCAUGUCCUCCUGUGCCCACGUGCGUCGCCUGCUGGAACCUCUGUCGUAUGCCUAUGAGCAGUUCGCACCUGUGGAGCUGCUGCUGCCACACAUAAUAGAUCUGCUGCGAGAUGAGCGCACUUCGAUACUGACCGCCUGGAAUCUGUUUGAUCCCGUUGCCCAGGCCCUGGGCAUUGCCCAGACACAGCAACAUUUGUUGCAGCCACUGCUGAAGCUGUACGAUGUGGAGAGCAGCGCGCUGGUAGACGAGGCAAACAGCAGUGCGAGCAGCAGCAACAACAAUGGUGGCCACCUGCGUUUCUCUUCGAGCAGCUCCUUCAAGUCGCGCAAAUCCGUGAAGCUCUAUCAUCACAGCUUCCUGCUGCGCCUGAUCGUGCGCUUCGGACUGCGCUGCUUUCUGCAGCAUUUCAUUGCACCACUUAUCGAAGCUGUGGGUGGCUACAAGGAGCCGGAGCAGGGCAACGGCUACCACUAUCACAGUGCUGGCAGUCGGCGCACCAGCAAGAAUCUGAGCUAUGCCGCAGAGGAGCCGCCAGCAGCGCAGCCCGAGCCUAAGCCAGACGUUGAAGAGCUCUUCACAUUCGAGGAGGAUCAGGAGAACAAAUCGAUUGACUCCUUUGAUAUGCGGCCCUCGUCCACGGCCAUUGCCGAGGAGGCACGCGAAUCCGAUGGCAGCUCACCCGACAAACUGGCCAUCAAUGAGCUGAUGUACGGUGCCAAAUUGUCCCCGGAUAAGAUUUCGCUGCAGAGCCAAGGACAAACGCCGCCUACCGCACUGCCGCCUCCUCUGAUUGGACCACGUUCACCCACCAUCGAAAUACCCGCGAGCAGUUUACGACGCAGCUUCCAGCUGAGCGCUAUCGAUUGCGACAUUGGCUCUAGGAAGAGCGUCGAUAGCUUCGAGCUAAUCAGCCAGGUCACCAGCACAGCGGCCAACGAGUCGGCGGAGUCUGUGCCACAGGCAGAACCGGAGGGUUGCGACUCACUGCAGGCUUCGGUCAUAUCGCGCAUCUCAGAGGCCAAAGCGCUGCAAAACAAUCGCAUCAGCGAGAUGAGCGCGGAGAGUCUCGUCUGGUUGUCGCAUCGCUUGGGUCCCGUGCUCACGGCUCGCCACAUAACGCGCAAUUUGCUGAAGCUGCUCUCCCUCUGCUAUGUCGGCCAGGAGAAUCUGCUGCCCGAGCUGGAAGCAGCCAGCAGCAGCGCUGAUGACUCAACCACAGAUGCCUCCAAUCUCAAUUACUUCAGCAUUGCCAAUGCCCGCGUUGUCGGCGAUCGUAGCGCGGCGCGCGUUCUUGAGUGUCUCAUGUCAAUUGCGGCUCUCUAUGGCGAAAACUUCCUUCUGCUGCAGUACUUCCCACACAUCAGCGAGCUGAUCGGACUCUGCUCGAAGCGCAUGACGGGCAGCCUUGAAGGCGCCAUCAUUAGUUCGCUGCAGCUGGUGAAGUACAUGUUGCCCUGCCUCAUGGAUGCCAGCAUUAUGGAGCAUUUGCAGCACAUACUGCUCGAUGCCAUCCUGUUGCCCAUACUGCGCCUGCUUAGCUCCACGAACCUGCUCAUGCCCAGUGGCUAUCUGGGCAGAUCCGUGCUGGCUCGCAAAUUCCUGGACGCUUGCUAUGCGCUCAGCGUGCGUCUCGGAUCGGAUAUGACGCGGGAGCACCUGUGUCAAUCGCUGUUCGCGCCCUUUUUUCUAAUCUUCAAUAAGGCAUACGGACUGCCCAAUGACUUCAGCUGCAAUCUGGCAAAUCUCUCGCUAAGCGGCGGUCCAGGGCAGCAGGAGCGCGCGCAGGAAGAGCUGCGCGACGUCUUUGGGCCGGAACUGGCGCACACCGCCUACUUGGCCCUGCUACGCUUCCUGGGCGAGUCCAUAAUGAAGCGCACGUUAAGCAACAUGGAAUUCGUGCUCACGCUGUGCCACGAGCAUGAGCAGCCGGCCGCUGGCCAGGACAAGGCAGAGCUUAGCCAGUCGGCCAAUCGUGUUAGCCCAGUAGAUGUCACAGAUGCAGCGCCCUGCGAGACGGCAGCAAACAGCUUUGGCACCCAGAUCGUUGGCAAUCGCCUGCAAGUGCCCAGCGGCAGUAUGGAGCUGCUGGACAUGGUCGCCUACAAGCUGGAUCAUAUGCCCAGCACACGGCACCUCAAGGGCAACUGGCUGGCCUACUGGCGACACGAGACGACGCGCAGCGACAAGGACAAUCAGGCACUGAAUCUCAAGCAAAUUCGCCUGCAAUCCUUUGUCGGGCACACGAAUUCCGUGCGAGCAAUCUAUGCGCUGGAGAACGAGAACAGCUUUAUAUCCGCCUCCAAGGACAAGACGGUCAAGCUGUGGUCGCUGCGCAGCGAGGGCGACGGGCGCAAGAGCACCGCCUGUCAGUUUACCUAUACGGCGCACAAGAAGUCCAUAAACUCGCUGAGUUUCCUCGAAUCCCUGCGCUAUGUUGUCUCCUGUGACUCGGGCGUGCAUCUGUGGGAUCCGUUUAUAGGACGGCCUCUGGCCAUACUGGAUGCACCGCGGCAUAGUGCAGUCACCGUUGUCAAGUGCCUGCCCUCACAUUCCCCGCUGGUGGUCGCGGGCACAGCCGAGUCCACGGUGCGGAUCAUUGAUGCACGUUCCAUGCAGUAUGUGAAUGAGUGGCGCGUCUGUCAUGCCGCCUUGCCCAAUGCCACGGUUCGAUGCCUGGCGGUGGCGCCAUCGGGCAAUUGGCUAGCAGCAGGCCUCUCCUCGGGCGUCAUUGUACAAUUGGACACGCGAACUGGCAUUGUUCUGAACAACUGGCGUCCCAUGGAAUGUGAUUUGCUUCAGCUAACGGCACCCAGUGAUCAGGUGCUGAUCAGCUCAGCCUUGGACCACAGCCUGGCCGUGUGGCAUGCCCUGGACGGCAUUCUGCACUAUCAGCUUAAACCACCGCCGGAACCCGCGCACUUCCUGCAAAGCGUUGGCUCCUCCUUGGUCUAUGCUACAACUGGGAAUCGUGUGGGCGUCUACGCGGAUGUUGCCAACUCGCAUGCCCUUCACACCAUCACGAAACUGCGCUCCGAAACCUUUCGGGGCGUGCUCACCUCACUGGCAGUGUUGCCACUCAAUCGAGCAUUCCUGGCAGGCAACGAGAGUGGCAACAUUGCGCUGCUCUGCUAGCGGAGAUGAUAUUACUACACAAAAAGAAAAUUAUUUACACCGUAUAUACACACCUAUAUAUUAGUUAUAGCAAUAGAGUCAUCUCUGUAUGAAUUCUAAUUUAAUGGCACCAAAAAUUAAUUUAAUACAACUGAGGAAAUUAUUUAAUAUACUCAAUCGGCACUUUAGAGGUUCUUUAUUAAGAUGUAAUUAGACAACGGCUAGAUGCUAAUUGUAUUCCAGAACACAAUGUUUAUUUCAAGUGUUAGACUUAGGCAAUCAAUAUAUAUUAUAU